GUAUGGAAGAGGGUUUGGAGUACUAGAAUAUGCUACAGGGAAGGAUCACUGGCUCAACCAACCAAACAGUGUAUUUGGAGUGAUUUUCUACACCAUGUUCAUGAUCAUAGGAGAAUCAAGAAAGCUGUCUGUCAGCAACCUGCAGGUCUACAUGGCAAUUUCCAGUAACUUUAUGUCAAUUUACCUGGCCUGCAUACUGUUUUUCAUAUUGGAAGAUUUCUGCAUCGUGUGCGUGGCUACCUACGUUAUAAAUUUUGUACUCUUGCUACUAGCUUUUAAGAAACUCUAUCUCGUCAGAGAUAAAUUUGUUGUACAUACUAAACAGGUGCAGAAAAAAACAUUGUGAAUGAUUUAUGAAUCGUAUAAAAUAUAAUAAUAUAUUCUGUAUGAAAUCAAGAUGUACUUAAACACUGUUAUUCUAACGCUACAAAUUUUCUCAUGACGUCAAUGAUAAAUCAUGUUCAUUUCAAGGAAAAUUAUAAGAUAACUAUGAAAUAUUAAACUUGUA